AUGAGUCAGGAUCGUUCAAACCUUGGCUACUAUAACACCUACAAUGGUGGCAUGAUCUACAACAAUUCUAUGGACAACAACGACCCACAGAGUGGACAAGUUGUGUAUACACAAGCUUGGUCUCAGAUACCUGCCGGUGCGACAGUUCCUCUUGCUGGGGCACGGUGGUCUAAACAAUACUACCGUCGUCACGAGGGAUGGUACGAGCCCGACAUGCUUUCCCCCAGCGAUAUGGCCUCGGAGACAAGCGGCUUCGACGAUAGCGCUACGCCAAGUCUACAUAGAUCAGACUCUGGCGACUUUUCUGAAGUCUGGGAUCAAGAGCCUCCCUCGAUGCCUUUCUCGCCCUUUCAGCCCCCUGCGUCCAGCGGAUUACUCAACAAUAUUGGAAGUGCCUUCAUGCCUCUCCAGCUCCCUGCAUGUGCUACGAGCAACUCGGACGAGACUGCGCAGCAGUUCGAGUACAUGCUCGGCGACCUUGAAGUCAAUGACUCUAUAUCAUCGCCUACGGAUUCUGAUACAGUCUCUCACAGCCCUGUUCAUCGUUCGCCUCUCUCGGACCCUGGAGUUUUAGUUCAUCAGCCGUGUCAUACACAGCCUCAUGAUCAUUCCACCCCAGGCAGGCCAAGAAAGGUGCGACAAGCCAGAGAGACAGACACGGGCCAACCANAAAGGCCGGCUCGAACCAACAGUACUAGGACACGCCUCUUCUGCGAAGCUUGCCGCGAUAGUAAGGACUACUCACGCGGAUUCCGUGGAGAGCAUGAGCUCGCUCGUCACUACGCGCAGAAGCACACCAAGCACAAGAAGGUGUGGAAGUGUUUUGACCUGAGCCCAGAUCGCUUGAUGCACAAUUGUGAGAGGUGCAAGACUGGUCAUCAGUACGGCACUAGUUAUGGUGGUGCCGAGCACUUCAGAAGGAAGCAUACUGGGAUCUUCGGCAAAGACAUGAUGGAGUUGCUGCGAGGAAAGAACCAACGGUGGGCCUUGAGCAGCAACCGUCUGAUCGAAGAGGGAUGGCUUCGUCAAGUGUUUGUUCCAGGCGAUGGUGAGCCAUUACCUCAGCAGGAGGAGCAAGCCAUGACUGCCAUUCAUGCGCCUAUGCCUUUUGCUGGAGGCUCGCAGGAGGUGAUUCCGAAUGGUGGAAUGCAGAGGACGCACCUGCAGCAGCCCUUCAAUCAGCAGCAUGUGCCGAUGCAGGAUGCCAAUCUGGCUUGGACCCAGCACCAAUAUCCGCUUCAGCCUUAUCACCAGCUGCAUCAUGGUCAGCAACAGGCUCAGCACCAUCAGCAGCAAUGGCACCCAGGUAUGCAUUGAGCACGUUGCUUCGCGCAAGACAGGAGGUUUCAGUUGUACUAG